GGGGCGAGCGGGGGCUGGGGACGGCGGGGAGGGGAGCGGGCAGGGGGCUGCGGGGCGGCGGGGAGGGGGCAGGGCAGGCAGCCCCACGGGGGUGGCGGGGCCAGGGAUGUGCUAAAGCCCUGUGCUCUCUGCAGCCGUGAGCUAGCGGUGCCGGGCGAAGCGCUGCUCGUGCCUCCGCCUGCUCCUGCGCCCGCCCGAGCUGCUCCCAGGUAUCCGUGGCUCGACGCAGGUCAGUGGCCAGCCGCCGGCCCCCGAGGACGGAUGCCCGCAGAUGGGAGCCGCCGACGGAUGAGCAGGGGACCGGCCGCGGCCGCGUGGGUUGGUGGUGCAGGAGCCCGCCCAGCGGGGUCGGGGCUGGUGGUGCUGUGGUGCCCGGUGCUUUUGGGCAAGUCCCGUCCUCGGCGGGUGUGCAGCAAAACGCUGUCUGGUUCCUCCUCCCGCGUGGUGCUGGGUGCAGCCACCCUCGUCUUGUGGGACCCCUGCGAGUCGGUGGCCUGCGAGGGCUGGGACUGAGGGAGUCCCGGCCGGCCCACGAGACUUGACAGACUGUCGCGCUCCUCUUCUUCUCUCUGUUGAACUCUUUUUCGGGUGGGAUUUGCUGAGGACCAGCCCGCCUUCCGGACAGGAGAUGGAGGCUGCCUUUGGAUCUCGCCCUCCUCUGCGCGGGGACUUCCUCCUUUGCUUUGGCGGGGGACUCGGGGUCGUGGUGGAGCCCCGGGGUCUCUCGCCACCUCCUCCCCUCACAUGUGGCAGUUCUUGUUUUGCAGGUGCAGCCGGGUGUGUAGCAACAUUGCUCCACGAUGCGGCGAUGAACCCUGCAGAAGUGGUGAAGCAGCGGAUGCAGAUGUACAACUCGCCCUACCAGCGCGUGACGGACUGUGUGCGGGCUGUGUGGCGCAACGAAGGGGCUGGAGCUUUCUACCGCAGCUACACCACCCAGCUCACCAUGAACAUCCCCUUCCAAGCCAUUCACUUCAUGACCUACGAGUUCUUGCAGGAGCAGCUCAACCCCCACAGACAGUACAACCCAGGCUCCCACGUGGUCUCCGGGGCCUGCGCGGGGGCCGUCGCUGCUGCUGCCACCACGCCUUUGGACGUUUGCAAAACGCUGCUCAACACCCAGGAAUCCCUGGCCUUGAGCUCCAACAUCAGCGGACACAUCACAGGCAUGGCCAAUGCCUUCAGGACGGUGUACCAGGUGGGCGGUGUGACCGCCUACUUCAGAGGGGUCCAGGCCAGAGUCAUUUAUCAGAUGCCCUCGACGGCGAUCGCCUGGUCCGUGUACGAGUUCUUCAAGUACAUCCUCACCAAGCGCCAGGAAGAGCGUCGGGCUGGGAAGUGAGCCAGAGCUGAACCCGACUCCAGACCUGCUUCAUCUCCCCUCCUGGUUUGUCUCCUGACCCUCUCCCUUUCGGUUUGGUUUGUGUUGAAGAGAGGGGGCGGCAAAGCCCUUCGGGGCUCAGCAACGCCAUUUCUUGCCCGGGGCUGCUGCAGCUCUGCUCCAGCUGCACGGCUGGCUCUCUCCCGGGCCCUCAGAGAUGUCCUGCUGGGAGCUGCAGCCCAGGUCA